AUGGACAGGACAGAUCACCGGCCCCGCUUGCAGGAACCUCCGCUCUCGCACCACCAAGAGUCCCGCACCAGUUUAUGGCCCACCAGCACCCCCAGCGCCACCGCCACCACCUCCACCUCCAGUACCAGUUUAUGGUCCACCAGCACCUCCACCGCCACCUCCUCCACCUCCAGCACCAAUUCAUGGUUCACCAGCACCCCCACUUCCUACACCGUCGCCUCCAGCCCCACCACCUCCAGCACUAGUUUAUGGUCCACCAGCACCUCUAUUGCCACCUCCAUCUGCAGUACUAGUUUAUGUUCCACCAGCACCCCCACCUCCACCCCCAACCUCACCACCUCCUCCACCCCCAUCUUCACUACCCCCUCCACCGUCGCCUCCACUCCCUCCAUCUCCAGCAACACCUCCACCCCCACUACAGCCUCCACCCCCAUUACAGCCUCCUCCCCCUUCACCUCCACCGCCUCCGCCAUCGCCGCCAAAAAUAGUGUAUGGUCUACCAAGGGCACCGCCGCUACCUUCAGCACCUCCUCCACCUCAACCACCAACACCAGCCAAAGGACCACCUCCACCUCCCCCGCCACUCCCUGUACAUGCAUACGGUCCUCCUUCGCCAGAAGUUGCCUGAGUGAGUUUCUUUCCAAAGAACGUGGUGCUGAAGGCAAUGCUGACGCGCGGAGUCCAUACCACGUGACGCGGUUUGUAGCUCUUGUGUUUCUUGUGCUCUCAAAGGAUGUUGCUCAAAGAAUUCACUUGAGACACAACACUAUUUUGCUGACAAAUGUACAAAGUAUGAUAUCAAGCAUAAAGCACAGAGGAGAGAAACAAUUGUGGAUCUGUGAUAUACUAUUGUAUUUCUAA